CGACUAUGCGCUCUUCAUAGCGCGGUACCACCACUACUGAAGUCUCCAAGGUCACCAAACCCACUCAUUAUCAACGUUCAGCAAAGUUCUACCACACCAUCCCAACCAUCUUCAAACUUCAACACCAACACUACUAUCACACCUACCAAGACAAUCUCACCACACUACAACAAAGAUGUCUUCAACCACCCCUGUCUACGCCUGCAAGGCAGACUUCGUCGCAUCAGGCCUGUCUCCCUACCUCCAACCUGCCGGCGAACCAGACACCUGCAGCAUCUGCACCAAAGGCCUGGCCUGCGAGAACCCCUGCGCAACCCGCCUCACCGCCGCCGACAAGGAAGUCCUUGAAGCGGCUUUGCACUACCCAGUCGGCACUGAAAUCUUCAGGGAAUCCUGGUUCAAAAACCCAAAACCUCUUCCCAAGGACCACACAAACGAAGAGCGAUUAGUGUCAAAGCUAAACGCCUGCGGUCACGUUUUUGGCACCAAUUGUAUCAUGACUUGGUUUGAAAGGUGUAAUACUUGUCCUAUGUGUAGGAAGGUGCUGUUUCCGACUUGGAAACAGGAAGAGAUGGAGAGGGAGAGGGAGAGGGAGAGUGAGGCUCGCAGGAAUCUUUGGUAAUAUUAGAGGGGUAUUUUGGCGUUUGGGUUUUUUGGGUGUCGCGGUCGUGAAGGGUGACGCGCACCGUUUUGAAGUUUGCCUGCAUCGGGUAAAAAGUCAUUGACGACCUCCUGGGACAAUAUUGACGUUUGCGUCUAUCGAUUUUUACGGUUGUGAAUACCUCCGCGCAAGGUUGUUGCUUACGGUUUCUGUAGUUCCGAAUGCAUCAUCUCCCAUUCGCUCACCCGUUCUCCCCCGUCCCCAAUCACAUGUGACAGCACCAGAUAAGCCCAACUCACGUGACGCUCCCACCCUUCCUCCUAUUGCCCUGCAUAUGACACGCAGACGACCGCAUU